UCAUCAUCAUCACCAUCAUCAUCAUCACACACUGCUACUAGUAACAGCCUGCUGGAUUACUGCGCCUUUACGCCGUUUUGAAAAGAACCGAGAUAUCGCGCUAUUAUCAACUCGAUUCAUACUUUCUAUCUAUUUACCCAACGAGUGAAAAUGUUUUACACUUGCGGCCCCAAUGAAGCAAUGGUGGUGUCGGGUUUUUGUCGCUCUCCACCCGUCAUGAUCUCUGGAGGGAGUGUGUUUGUUUUUCCAUGCGUUCAGCAGAUACAAAGGAUCUCCCUGAACACACUGACGCUGAAUGUAAAGAGUGAUAAAGUCUACACACGUCAUGGAGUGCCCGUCUCUGUCACUGGAAUCGCACAGAUGAAGAUUCAAGGCCAGAAUAAGCAGAUGUUGGCGGCAGCAUGUCAGAUGUUUCUGGGAAAGUCAGAGAGUGAUAUUGCCCACAUUGCCUUGGAAACACUGGAGGGUCACCAGAGGGCCAUCAUUGCUCACCUGACUGUGGAGGAGAUCUACAAAGACCGCAAGAAGUUCUCCGAGCAGGUGUUCAAGGUGGCUUCAUCUGACCUUUUCAACAUGGGCAUCAGCGUGGUCAGCUACACACUUAAAGACGUACAUGAUGACCAGGAUUACCUGCACUCUUUGGGAAAGGCCCGUACGGCACAAGUGCAGAAGGACGCACGGAUUGGAGAAGCUAUGAACAAAAGAGAUGCAGUGAUCAGGGAGGCCAAUGCUAUACAGGAGAAGAUAUCUGCUCAGUACAUGAAUGAGAUCGAGAUGGCUAAGGCUCAGAGAGACUACGAGCUGAAGAAGGCUGUCUAUGAUAUUGAGGUCUGCACCAAAAAUGCAGAGUCUGAAAUGGCCUAUCAGCUCCAGGUGGCGAAGACAAAGCAGCAGAUCGAGGAGGAGAAGAUGCAGGUGAUGGUGGUGGAGCGCUCGCAGCAAAUCAUGCUGCAAGAACAGGAGAUCACACGCAGGGAGAAAGAGCUGGAGGCCAAAGUCAAGAAACCAGCCGAUGCAGAACGAUACCGGCUGGAGAAACUGGCAGAAGCCGAACGCCUUCAGCUAAUCAUGGAGGCAGAAGCUGAAGCUGAAUCUAUCAAAAUGAGAGGAGAGGCUGAAGCAUACGCUGUGGAGGCGAGAGGUCGUGCCGAAGCCGAGCAGAUGGCGAAGAAGGCAGAGGCCUUCCAGACCUACAAGGAAGGAGCGAUGGUGGACAUGCUGCUGGAGAAACUGCCGCUGAUGGCAGAGGAGAUCAGUAAGCCCCUGUCAGCUACCAAUAAGGUCACUAUGGUUUCCAGUGGAGGUUCAGAGAUUGGUGCAGCCAAGCUAACGGGUGAAGUGCUUGACAUCAUGACUAAACUGCCCGAAACCAUUGAGAAACUAACUGGGGUCAGCAUUUCCCAGGUGGCCCGAACUGGUUGAAGAAAUUCUCCUUCAUUCUCUCUCCUCCAUCUGUGACAAUUCAUUUCUUUUCCUUCUAUCUUCCACAGGGCAUCUCUUUUGUUUUCCCUUUCCCAUCUUUCUCUCUCGACGUACACUUCCUGUCUGUCUUGCCUUGCUGCCAAAACCCACAGUGGUAACACUUUAGAAUAGGUAACACCUAUUAGUUGCUUAUUUGCAUGCAUAUAACUAGAAUUUUAGCCAUGUAUUAGUGCUAAUUAAGAACAUAUUAAUGCCUUAUUCUACUUGACCUUAUUCUACAUCCCUAAUCUUACCCAGUACCUAAACCUAACAACUACAUUACUAACUAUUAAUAAGCAGCAAAUUAAGAAUUUAUUGAGAAAAAUGUACCGUAGUUAGUUAACACGUGUUACCUAUUCUAAAGUGUUACCCCCAAAGUGCAUUUUAAUCUAAAACUCCAGGGAAGAAUGCUGUACUUUAUAUUUUUAAUGCAAUCAUAAGAAGACACUGAAGUCCAAGGAUCUCUUGAAUGCUGUUACACACCGACACUUUAGACAUUUUGAAAUAUUACACCUUUAGUUUUUCUUGUAGAGUACUUU